CUGGAAGAGGAAGGAGUGACAGGAAAUGGCGUUUUUGCCUUUUUCCAUGAAGAAAAUUGAGGAGAAGAACGUUUUUCGACUUCCUCAGAGGCAUCUGGGAGGGUGACAGGGCCAGCAGUGGAUUUGUGCUGGGGCCAGGGGGUAAUGCCCUCCGUGUUCUCCUGGAAUGCUCCCACUGGCACCCCCACCAUCCCAGCAUCCCUCUGGGAGGUCUGAGCCAACUGCAGGUGCUGCUGAACCUUGAUCCUCUUAGGGCCCAGCUCAUCCGGUGACAAGGUGCGCAGAGCACAGGUGACCUCGUACCUGUGGGCAGGAGGGCUCUGCCUGCGUGGCUGCCACCAACCAGCCUUGCUGCGCCAGCCUUCUCUGCAUCCUGGCAAAGCAGCUCCUGCCUUGGUGACAGCGGGACAGCCGUAUCCCAUGGGAGCAUCCCGAGGGCAGGGGGCACAAAGCUGCCUUACAGGACCGGUUGAGCAGAUUUUUGGAGGAUAUUGAAGUGCUUCGGAGCUUUACCUUCGCCACAGGAGCGUUUCAGGGCCGACCUGCCGAGCCUCCCGCCGCGGCUGCCGGCAGGCUUUGAAGUGGCGCCGGGAAUAUAAAUAGCUGGAUGGCGCGGCGCGAUGGGCGCAAAGCAAGUGUUGUCACUGUGUCCCGGAUAAGGGAAGAGGAGGAGGAGAGAAACCGCUGGGCAAAACAAACUGCCUGCAGAGGAGCCUGGCAGAAAACCGGCUCCUCACCAGCAGCCCCUGUAGCUAUUAAGGGAAAUGUUAAUCUGGGAGGAUGGCACAGCCUUCGCCGGGUGCUGGAUCAUCCAGCCUUCCUCUAAUCCGUCGGGGCUCCUGUUCCCAGCCCGGUGGGACCCCCCUGCGCCGGUCCCGGGCUGCUAGCAAGUACAACUCCCAGUACCACAAGCUGUUCAAGGACAUCCCGACGGAGGAGAGCGUGCUGAAAGUUUGCUCCUGCGCGCUCCAGAGAGACAUCCUCAUCCAGGGAAGGCUUUACAUCUCCCCCAACUGGCUCUGCUUCUACGCAAACCUUUUUGGGAAGGACAUUAAGGUGGUGAUCCCAGUGGUGUCUGUACAGCUGAUAAAGAAGCACAAGACGGCUCGGCUGCUGCCCAACGGCCUGGCCAUCACCACCACCGCCAGCAGAAAGUACAUCUUUGUAUCCCUCAUCUCUCGUGACAGCGUCUAUGAUGUCCUGAGGAGAGUCUGCACCCACCUGCAGGUUUCCAGUAAGAAGAGCUUGAGUCUGAAGGAGCUGUCGGAGGAGCCGGACUCCGUGUCACUGGAGGUGAUUGUCCCUGAGGGCAAGUGGAGGAAGGUGUCACCUACCUCACUGUCACUGUCACUGCCAGAUGCCGACUACCAGUGCAUCCACCGGGCCUCUGUCAGCAGCCUGAGCACCAAGGAGAGCUCCUUCACCUCUGAGGAGCCACUGGUUUCAGAAAGUGCAAUAAACACCGAGGAGGAGCUGGAGGUGGAGCAGAGCUGUGUGGCAGAGCUGAGACCCUCUGACUACCAGCUCCUGAAGAUCUUCAUCGUGCUCAUCUGUCUCCUGGUUGUGUCCUCCUCGUACCUGGCAUUCCGCAUCUUCCGUCUGGAGCAGCAGCUCUGCUCUCUGAACCGGGAUUACCUCUCCCGCGGGCACAGGAGGUGACCGCUCCCCAGGUGCUGGCUGAGGAUGGACACUGAGGUGGUGGCACCCUGCCCACGGAUCCCGGUGCUGUGUCCUCCCAGCCGUGGCUGUUACAUUUGGUCCGGCUUUCCCUCGGCUGGUAAAAUGGGACCAAGUAUUUUCUCUCUUCCUUUGGGCACUUGCUCCUGGUGGGACUUUCCAGCCAGGUUCUGGCCACCAGUGCCAACUCCCCAUCCCACUGGAAACCUGUUUUCUCCCUGGGACACUGCUGUGCUGUAGCACCGGACAGUGGCUCGGGGCUGCCGAGCACUUGGACCUUCCCUUAGGACUUGCUGCUAAGAUGGAUGCUGAUUUUUAUUUCAGGCUUGUUUUUUUUCUUGUUAAAAGAUGACCUUGGGCUCACCAGGAACCCCCAGAAAUGUGGAUGAGUUGCCACUGCUGCUCUGGGAGAACCCACCUGUUUGUCCCUCAGUAUCCCUGGGAAUGUUCCUGGAGGAAUGGCCCUGAAUACAGGGAUCUGUGGGGAUGGGGAGAAAGGGCCCACUAGCCCUGUGGGGUGUCCCUCAUUUAUCCCACACACAACAGUGGGGGUUCAAGCCAGGGCUCCCCAGCCCUUCUCUCCUGGAGCACCGAGCUCAGAGAGGGGAGGGUGUGUGUGUGCAUCCCUUGCAAAGCACUUUAAGGUCCCCAGACCAGGUGUCCUCGCUGGGGUUCACACCUGGCACAGAUGAACUUUGUCAGUCCUGCUCGCCCCAUGAGGACGCUGGAAAGGAGCCCAUGGCUGGCACUGGGGAAUGUCCCAGAGUGCACAAUCUGUGCCCUGGUUCGUGUUAACCCUGUCACUGCAUGGAACCGAGUGCUGCAGGAUCUGUCUCGCAGGAUUUGUCCCACAGCCCCCCUGGGAGCACUCUGGGGUGGCAGGUGGUACCGGUGUGAUUCCUUUCUUUCCUGUUUUUUUGGGAACUACAAGUGCUGAUGGGGCCAAAUCCCGGCGCCCUGGGGAAGAGCUCAUUGCUCGCUCUGGGCUUGGAAUGGCUUUUAAAUGGAAUUAAAAUAAACCCUGGA